CGAAACGACCAGUUCGCAAGUGUAACAAUGUUGUGGCAGGUGCUUCGAGCAGCGACGGCGGCGGCGGCGCUCCUGGGCGCAUCCGAGGUCGAGGGCGGCAAGCUAGCCCCCAUUAUCGUGCGUGGGAAUCGCAUGUACAAUUCAGAGACAGGGGAACGCUUCUUCAUCCGUGGGAUCACGUACGAUUAUGACGUGAGCGACGCCAACUACGACUUGAGCAGACCCAUCAUCGAGACCAACUUGAAAGCACUCAUCGGAUCGUUCAACACGUUCCGUCUGUACAACGUGAACCCAGACCUCAAGUACGACAAGUUCAUGAAGCACAUGGACAGCUUGGGGGUGUAUGUCUUGGUGUCGGGGUCGCCUGCAAACUUGGAUUACUACGGCGACUACAAGUACUCGACGAUCACGAAAACAUGGAGUCCCGACGGCACCUCCGUGGUGGAAAACGGGGUCACGAAGCUUCAAAAGGACCAAACCAAGACGUGCUACCCCGCGUUGCUUCUCAAGUACGGCAAAAGCAUCAUCAAGGACUUUGCGCCGUACGAUAACACGUUGGGGGUCGUUGUGGCCAACGAAAUCAUGCAGCAUGACCUGACGGCCGCGGCUUGCGUGAAAGCAUACACGUCAGAUCUCAAGAACUGGAUGCGCGUCAACGCCAAGAGCCUUCGUAUCUUGCCGUUGGCGUACGCCGGCGCCGACAGUUCAGGCGAGCCAGUCAACGGUGGGACAAAGAAGACCCCCGAAGUAUACACGGUGAUGAAGAUCAUGGGGCUUCUGUGCGGCGACUCCAUGAAGAACGGCAUGAUGGAGCGAAGUAUCGACAUCUACCUGAUCAACGAGUAUCGUUGGUGCAACGUGCCUGGAACAUUUGCCCCGUAUGAGCAAUUCCUCGAGAUGGCGAAGGGAGUCCCGAUCGUGAUGGCGCUCGGGGAGUUUGGUUGUGACACGUACACGCCCCGCACGUGGACUAUGGUGCCGUACCUGUUUUCCGACUCGAUCAAGUCCAAGGGCUUCACCGACGUGUACUCUGGCGGUCUCGCGUACACGUUCGGGCAGGCGUCGCUCGGCCUAGAUGCCAAGUACCCUCUUUUCACAGGCGGGAGCAUCAAGCUCGAGGAACUUCCUGGGAAAACGCCGACGGCCGAUUACACCAACUUGUUGGCGCAAUUCAAAGCGAAUCCGUCGGUCGUCCAGACUGGAGCGUUCACAAAGGACACGAUCUGCAAAUGGAAUCCACCAGAACCAACGCCAGGGGCAAAUCCGAUCUUUGCCGUGACCAAGACGUGGAUGCCCGAGUGCAAGCACCCGAGUUUGAAGCUCGAUCCGACAGAUAAGUGGGAAACCAACACCCGCCAGGGCGCCGUGUGCAACAAGAAGGGCGAGCAGUGCGAAGUGGUCGUCGAGACGCCGAACCCGACCACGGAAGAGUCGAUUUGUGGGUUUGAGGUCAAGGUGCCGGAAGGAGGCGGGACAUGCACGACCAACGAAAACUGUGGGUCCCAUGGUCAGUGCAUCGUUGGCGAUGACAAGACCCGGUCUUGCGCGUGCAUUGGGUGUUACUCGGGGUCGAACUGCGCCGUGUACAACGCGGACAAGUGCAACACACUCUCGAGCAAUGCAGACGCCCCCAAGGUGAUCUUCACGGCAGUUGGAGCAUUUCUCGGGGUCAUGCUGCUUGUGUUUGGAGGCCUUGGCAUCGCGGCGGGAAAGAAGACUGCCGAGUUGCGCAAGGCGGAACAGGUCGCCAAGAACCAAAUGAACUCGAUUUAACCACUGCACUACACAUGGAAUCACGAUGAGAUCACGACUGGA